AUGAGCACCGACAUCCGUUCCAGAGCAGGAAGUGUUAAGUUCAGUCGUUCGGCCAAGCGAUCGUCCAACUCGCCGUCUGUAUCCAGGCUUCUUUCUCCUACUACUUCGUCCAAAUUGAAGCAUGGAAAGAGGACUAUAUCCGAGAUCAAGGAUGGAUUUAAGGCAAAGUUGAGGCCGAAAUCUCGAAGUAGGAAGUCUCUCGACUUGGUGAAUGACUCUGACUCCGUCAUUCGUUCCUCUGCUUCCUCUUCUUUGCUGGCUCCAAUGAUUCCAGUUGCUUCAACAACUUCUGCAGCACCUGGUAGCACCGACACUGAGGAUGACGUCGAGAUUCAUGGUGACUUCUCUAUCGAACCAGAAGUUUCUGCACAGGUACCAAACAUGACCCGUGGACUCACCUUAAAGACAAAUAUCGCCCCUACCUCGAAAGACACCAUAAAGACCCCAGUCAUCAAGGUGUCAUCGCUACAGACCCCUCAGGCUCGCCCCUCUGCUGGCCAUCAGAGUGGUAUUUUGUCAUCGUUUAUUGGUUCUUUAAACCUCAAAACUCUCGGCUCUCUUGGCUCAAAGACCGGUAUCUUCAGCGAAGAUGAGACACCAAUUGAGGACAAUCAGUCUAUCUCUGAUUCCAUCUUGAGGUCACCGUCUCCUUCAGCCGAUAGUGUCACUUUUAAACCUGUUAAGAAGUCUCUAUUUAGUACUUUAGGCCAAGGAGGACUCACUUUAGCUAGUGUUAUUGGCACAGAUCCUCACAAUCCAGAUUUAUCUUCCAGUAAUCUGAGAAGCCCCAACUUUUCAUACGAUCCACCUAAAAAGCGUUCAUCUGGUAGUGAUACUUCCUUCAGUGUUCAGCGAUCCCCCAACAGUGUUCGAAGUAAAAGUAUAGUCGAUUCCGAAGCUCUAAAGAACUUGGACGAGUCCUUAGAUGAUUAUAAUAACGAAAAUCCGUCUAAACGAGUCAGGUUAUCAACCAGCAGGAUCGAUGACCCCUCUUCAGAGCAUCCUUCCGAAUUGGCAACUGUUGAAAGUCACGAUGCUGCAUUGGCACAACGAUUGGGCGUUAAAAUCCCAAGCGAUAAGCGCCAGGAAGCGUUCCACCAGCUUUUCCCCGAAGCUCCCCCCUCAGACACCUUUAUUGAAGACUUUGCAUGCGCUUAUAGACGUGAUAUACUUAUUCAGGGUAGAAUCUAUCUCAGUGAGAAGUAUGUGAGCUUCCAUUCCAACAUUAUUGGUCUUGUAACCCAUUUCGUUGUUCCUCUAACUAAAAUUGUUGACAUAGAGAAGAAGAAAACAAUGGGUAUUCCUAACGCUUUGGAGUUCUCUACGCUGCACGAUAAAUUCACCUUUGCAAGCUUGAUGUCUAGAGAUGCUACAUUUGAUCUAAUGUUCAGACUUUGGUCCUCGGGAGAUAGAAGAACACUGGACGGAGAUGAAAAUCUGAGUACUCUGGAUAUUGGUGUUGAUGAUGAUGAAGAGUUUGACAGUCAGGAUUCUGCCAGUGAAGAUGAUAGUGACUAUGAUGAUGAAUCCGAUAACGAAGCAAGACGUAUGUCAAUGACUGAUAAUGAAGAAGGUGCAGCAGCAGACGGUACUUCAAGAGUUCGAGAGCAAGUAGAAGACGACAGUGAUGCUGAUUCUACUAUAUCCAACCCUGAAAGUAUGAUCAAGGAUACCGAGGAAGAUGUAAAGAACGCUGGAACGUUUAAUGGUAUUGCAUUUGAAGGGCCUCGACGUCACAGUGCUACAUCAUUUGAUUAUACUGAAGAAGAUGGAGAGACAUCCAUUAUCGAGGUCCCUUUUGAGGCUCCAAUGGGCGUCGUGUAUAAUCUACUGUUUGGAGACGAUACGACGUUUAUGAAGAAGUCUUUGGAGGUCCAAGGAAACUUCAAUGUUGACAAGUUACCCAAAUUUGACAGUCAUGGAAAACGACAAUAUUUUUAUAUGAGGCCAAUAAAUGGUCCGGUUGGACCGAAACAGACGCGAUGCAAUAUCACAGAACAGGUGGAAAAGAAGGAUUUUGAGUUUGGAUGUUGCGUAGUCCAGACAUCAGAGACUCCGGACGUCCCCAGCGGUAACUCCUUUAGAGUGAGAACUAGGUACUUUUUCCACUGGGCAGAACGAUACUCCACUACUUUAAGCGUCUAUUCAAGUAUUGUUUGGUCUGGUAAAUCAUGGAUCAAAGGGGCCGUGGAACGUGGAGCAAUUAAUGGUCAGAAGAAAGGUAUGGAGAUGUUGGUUAAGGAGAUUCGGUCGAAAAUUCGUGAAAAUGCUUCUGGAAAAGCCAAGGUCAGACGCAAAACUGUUAGCAAGAGGUCACGUCAAAAGAAUGGCGAAACAGAGCCUUCCAGAGGUACUGUUGAACCCACAUUAGGUGCCACGGAAUCAUCUUGGUUCCAAUUCUUCGAGAGUUCCGUGGACAUCAAGUCUCUCCUAAUAUUUAUUAUGUUCCUACUACUUAUCUGGAGCAGAUAUUGUCCAUACGAGCCUAAAUCGGGCAAGAGAAUGACCUAUAGACGCGGAGGAUACCUUGCAACGUUGGAUGACACUACAUUUGACUCGGAUGUUAUGUUACAAAGUGAGGCAGAUCUUUGGGAAUGGAUAGACAGAAGACAUAGUAGUGAUAUACAAGACUCUCCAUCUCGGUCUUUUCCUUUGUCGUCAUUUGAUCGUGAUCCCAAACUUAUACAGAGUGCCGGUGCCAAGUUGAAUACCCAAGAGUUGAAGGAGACUGUUCGCCUGAUGGAGAAGAGGUUGGAGAUAUUACGGCAACAGGCAGAAAUAGAAUAG